GUAAUAUCGAUUCAACAUCUUGCUGUGAUCGUAUACCCCCGCCGGAACGCUCAAAUCUUUUCUCGAAAAUGUGCAUAUCAAGGUUAGUGUUGAAACUGUAAAGAUUUAAUUUGGCUUCAUCCGGAAAUUGAACGCAAAGUUCAAAAAUUCUACUUCUACUUCAAAUGGAACGUUGGCCACUUACUAGAAAAUACUUACUCCAGUGUUACAAAAAUCGUUGAUUAGAAAAAUAAUGGAUUUCUUUCUACUACACCUUUCCAUAAGGACGAACAAUACCGGUUUCUUAUUAAACAGUUGUUCAGGUUCUUUUGUUCUAACAAAAGGGAAUAUGCAGGUUUUUAUCUGAAAACGCGUUUGUAUGUGAAUUUUGACAAAAAGUGAAAUUGAUUUUGUUUCCGAAUUUGCUUCUACCUACUUUACCACCAAUUCCUUUUGACAGUGUCAAAACGAAACUGGCUAAUCGAAUAUCAACUAAACACUGAGCAGAUAAACGAAAUGGAAAACUUAAAAUAAAACACGAAACUGAGCGACGCAGGUGUUAACUUGGAGAAGAAGGAAAAAAACAUACAAUAAACAAUGUGAUCAAUUGAGUAAAAAUAACAAAAGUAGUAAGAUAAUGUUUUAAGAGUUAGUAAUUAUUAGUCCAUAAACCAAAACGCUGUAGCUGGAACGGGCAAGCAAAUCAUCGUGGCGGUAGCAGAAAGGCCAAAGACCGGGUUAACAAGACAAUUGUUGGUAGUAAAAACCGUACACCAAACAAGCGAUUAGUUCCUCUUAGGCGAAGACUUUUCUUUUAUUGAUUGCACAAGAUUGCGUUGGUGUUGGCUGAGAAAGUAUUUAAAAGUGAUACGCUUGGUUGCUAUUGUUUCAUAUUUCGGGACGCCUUUUAAGAUAUUCAGAAACUAUGCUCAAGCUUACCUUUCGAUUAAUGUUGAUUUAGCCGUGAUCGAGAUGAAUCAGGAACUCGCGAUACCUCAUAUACCGCAGCUCACAUUUCAAUAAACAUAAUAAAACACUGUAAACCCAAACAGGAUAUAAGAAAUAGAAAGAGAGUGAGGAAUGAACAAUAUUUGAUUUCAAGAUUUGUUUCAAAUAAAAGUUGCUAAACAACUCGUCACAAACUCUUACCUAUACUAGACAACAUUUGUACCAAAGGUUUAAUUAGAGACUUAAUUAUAUCAGUUCGUUUCACAUUAGUUAACAUUUCCCACAAAAUCCAACGAUUAUAGCCCACAGAACUGAAGGUGGCUAAACAGCCUUUGCAUCCAUUAGGUACCGUUGUAAUCAUCAGGGCAUCUUUACGAAGGUUCAUCCUGGCCGAGACUAACUUUCAUACUUGUUGAUAAACACACAAAAUGAGUCAAUUGUGGUGUGCUGCGUACGGUUCCUUGUUCGAAGUAGAUUUGUAACCACCACUCUAACCUGGACGAAACACAUGUCUUCUCCAAACUGCUUUAAACAGUUGUCUAACCUAUUCUCAAGUUUCGUAGAUUCGGCUCGCACUAUAAGGGCAGCGCAUUUUGCGAGCUUUGCUUCGUUUUCCAUUGUAAAGUUUGCAUUGCUAACGAAUUGUUUCAUCAAGCCCAGCUUCAAGUUAACACGGACAACACUGAUCCAAAAUCAAACGCGUUCGCUCAGAAAGACGAUUAAUUUAUUGAUUAAUGUUACAUGGUGUAACCAUAGUUUACGUUUUUUUUUAAUACAAAGAAAAACAUACAAAACAAACCUUUUGCUACCUAAUACUUGCCUAACAGUAGUUGAAUUUAUUCGAGCAGCUUCGUUAUUAGUUUUCUAUUUGCCUCUGUCGUUCGUGCCGUUAUUGAAAACGUUACUAACAACGAAAAUUACGUUUCCCCUUUCCUAGAGAGGGUAGCCUCCACACAUUACCAACACAGAAAAAAAAACCCUUUGCUGAACUUGCAAAUAGGCUCUUGCAUAUAGUUGAAGACAGACAACUUGUUA